AUGGAUCGCAUCGAGGGAAUCCACAUCAGGCUGCCGCCGGGCUCCGAAUGGCCCUAUAAAAAGCUCCACGACGGGGUCACGCUCGACCGCAUGCGACUCAAGGGGACGACCGUGGCGGCCUGGGACCUGAGGUGCCUGGACUUUUACGUCAAACACGACCGCAGCAAGGUCAAGACGUUCGAUGAAGGCCCUUUCGAUGUUUGGGGAUGCAUGGAUGGCGCGUUCGUAUGCGAAGAACUUCUCUGCGGAAGGGGCGUGGGUGUGUGCGUGAUCUGCGAAGGAACCGACACGAACGUGAUGUGUGAGUACUGCGCGAACGAUAGCAACGGCGGGGAAAUUUGUGAGUGUUGCAGAGCGUGGGUCUGCGGUCUCCACUCCAGCGACGAGAUCGACGGUAUCAUGGCCUCCUGUGAUAGGUGCGAGUGGACCACAUGUCGUGAAUGUCAUGAUAAAAGAUUUUUCGAAUGGGGGGAGUUGUGGUGCCGACGACACGACAUGUGA